GGUCCUUCUGUGUGUUGCAGUCUUGUGGCAUUCUGCAGGCCCCCUGCCAGUGACCCCAGGCUUUUUAUGGCUGUGAGACUUAUUAAAAGCUCAGGGGUGAGAAGUGACCUUUUGAGGUGACUAUAACUGAAGAUUGAAUUAUAGAAGCAAAAAAAAAGGUUUUUGAGUCAUGAUGCAAGAAUCUGGGUCUGAGACAAAAAGUAACGGAUCAGCCAUCCAGAACGGGUCCAGCGGUGGCAACCACUUACUAGAGUGUGGGGCACUUCGUGACACUCGGUCCAACGGGGAGGCACCAGCGGUGGACCUGGGGGCAGCCGACCUAGCCCACGUCCAGCAGCAGCAACAGCAGGCCCUGCAGGUGGCAAGGCAGCUCCUCCUUCAGCAGCAGCAACAGCAGCAACAGCAGCAGCAGCAGCAGCAACAGCAGCAGCAGCAGCAACAGCAGCAGCAGCAGCAGCAGCAGCAGCAGCAGCAGCAGCAGCAAGUUAGUGGACUAAAGUCUCCCAAGAGGAAUGAUAAGCAACCAGCUCUUCAGGUCCCCGUGUCAGUGGCUAUGAUGACACCUCAGGUUAUCACUCCCCAGCAAAUGCAGCAGAUCCUCCAGCAGCAAGUGCUGAGCCCCCAGCAGCUCCAGGUUCUUCUCCAGCAGCAGCAGGCCCUCAUGCUUCAACAGCAGCAGCUUCAAGAAUUUUAUAAGAAACAACAAGAACAGUUGCAGCUUCAACUUCUCCAACAGCAACAUGCUGGAAAACAGCCGAAAGAGCAACAGCAGGUGGCUACCCAGCAGUUGGCUUUCCAGCAGCAGCUUCUACAGAUGCAGCAGCUGCAGCAGCAGCACCUCCUGUCCCUGCAGCGCCAAGGCCUUCUAACAAUUCAGCCCGGGCAGCCUGCCCUUCCCCUCCAACCUCUUGCUCAAGGCAUGAUUCCAACGGAACUGCAGCAGCUCUGGAAAGAAGUGACAAGUGCCCACACUGCAGAGGAGACCACGGGCAGCAAUCACAGCAGCCUGGACCUGACCAGCACGUGUGUCUCAUCCUCAGCACCUUCCAAGACCUCCCUCAUCAUGAACCCGCACGCCUCUACCAAUGGACAACUCUCAGUCCACACUCCCAAGAGGGAAAGCUUGUCCCACGAGGAGCACCCCCACAGCCAUCCUCUCUACGGACAUGGCGUAUGCAAGUGGCCAGGAUGUGAAGCCGUUUGUGACGACUUCCCAGCCUUUCUAAAACAUCUCAACAGUGAGCAUGCGCUGGACGAUAGAAGCACAGCUCAAUGUAGAGUGCAAAUGCAGGUUGUCCAGCAGUUAGAGCUACAGCUUGCAAAAGACAAAGAGCGCCUGCAAGCCAUGAUGACCCACCUGCAUGUGAAGUCUACAGAACCCAAAGCUGCCCCUCAGCCCCUGAAUCUGGUAUCAAGUGUCACCCUCUCCAAGUCCGCGUCAGAGGCUUCUCCACAGAGCUUACCUCAUACUCCAACGACCCCCACGGCCCCGUUAACUCCCGUCACCCAAGGCCCCUCUGUCAUCACCACCACCAGCAUGCACACGGUGGGACCGAUCCGCAGGCGGUACUCAGACAAAUACAACGUGCCCAUUUCUUCAGCAGAUAUUGCGCAGAACCAAGAAUUUUAUAAGAACGCGGAAGUUAGACCACCAUUUACAUAUGCAUCUUUAAUUAGGCAGGCCAUUCUCGAAUCUCCAGAAAAGCAGCUAACACUAAACGAGAUCUAUAACUGGUUCACACGAAUGUUUGCUUACUUCCGACGCAAUGCAGCCACGUGGAAGGGUGCCAUUCGCACCAACCUCUCACUGCAUAAGUGCUUUAUCAGAGUAGAGGAUGAGUUUGGGUCCUUUUGGACAGUUGAUGAUGAAGAGUUUAGACGUGGCCGCCAUAUUCAACGAGGCCGUCCUCGCAAAUACUGCCCCGGUGAAAACUCUGACGAGCUUGGCGCACAUAACCCUUCCCUUAUUAAAAACAUGCAGAGCAGCCACGCCUACUGUACCCCUCUCAAUGCAGCUCUCCAGGCUUCCAUGGCUGAGAAUAGUAUACCUCUGUACACUACCGCUUCCAUGGGCAACCCCACUCUGGGCAACCUGGCCAGUGCCAUCCGGGAGGAGCUGAACGGGACCAUGGAGCAUGCCAACAGUCACGAGAGUGACAGCAGUCCGGGCAGAUCCCCUCUGCAAGCUGUGCAUCCCGUACACGUCAAAGAGGAACCCCUCGACCCGGAAGAAGCUGAAGGGCCUCUGUCCUUAGUGACAACAGCCAACCACAGUCCAGAUUUUGACCAUGACAGAGAUUACGAAGAUGAACCAGUAAAUGAGGACAUGGAGUGAACCUCUGGGCGGGCCGACCCCCAAGACCGAAGAUUGGGAAAAAAAAAAAAAAGCAAAACAAAACAAAUCAAAUAAAAACAAACCACGUCAAAAGUUAGCAGUGAAAGCGUUCUCCGCUUGUUGUACAGUCUGGAGGAUUUUCGCUACAUUUUGACAACUCUGAAAUGUGUUAACUCUUAGUGCCAUCAAGAAUCCCAUUUGGGAGUAUUUUUGAUUUUUCUACUUUUUGUUGACAAAAGGGAUUUGUACUCUGUGCAUUGGACGGACCUGUUUGGUACUUGGGAUUUUCCUCUUUGAGUCAACAUCAGUGUUGUAAAUUCGAUAAACGGAUUCACUUUUAGCAGCAGACUUUGAACUGCAGUUUUGUCCUGCCAAGGCCGACACCGAGGACACCCGACUAAGCUCGCGCACCUGUGCCGCAGACCAAGCCUUCGCCCGAAUUCAAGAUUCCAGUGGACGACCUGUUUGCACAGCACUGCAUGUUGAUAUCACUGCCUUUACUCACUUUGGUUUUUUUUGUUUGUUUGUUUUUUGUUUUUGUUUUUGUUUUUUGCUUCCAGUUGGGAUGGGGAAGGCCUUUGUGUGUUUAUUGGGGGGAGGGGUUAAAAAUAAUUAUCCCAAACUUUUUAAUGUAUUGCUUUUUUUUUUUUUUUUGCUUCUUCUAUACCAUUUUAAGUUCUGACCUCAGGCCUCCAUUUGGGCCCACGGCCUCUUUGGAGGCUUCACGUUUUCUGUACCUUGUGAUGAAUGUUAAUAGGUGUUUUUAUUAUACAAAGCUGAAUGUCAUUUCUCGUCUGUAGUUUUCUGGCACUCAUUCCAUUUUCCUAUAGACAUCACCACGUUUCUCUCAAGUUUCAAAAAACAAAACAAAACAUUCCGUUUUGGUCUUUUUUCAAAAAAAAGAAAAGAAAAAAAAAAGAUCCCAAAGGCUGCACCUUACACCUGAAGGUCCUCUCACAGGGACAUGAUGUCCUGCCAGAAAGAGAGUGAAGGACAGAACAAGAGAGAGAAACACACGCACACAUUCUAGGAACAUAGCAGAUUCCUUUCACAAAAGCAGUAUUGGGGGGACGGGGAUGGGAAUGCUUGAGAUUUUCCUUUUAUUUUCAUAGUGCCCACCAUUGUGAGUAACUGCCACCACAUUCUCUCAGCAUCAGGAAACACAGCCAAGAGAGACACUGAAAAGAGUAAACAACCAUUCAUAAUUAGACUGGCAUGAUGGCCACGGAAGCCCCCCCCCCCCCCCCCCAUCAUGAAGUGGCCAGGACCGCAGACUCUGCGAUGUCCUCACCAGCAUGGGUUGCAUUGUUUGCGAAAUGACCGAAAAGCCAGCUGCCCUAACUAACUUUACUCAACAUGGGGACAGCGCUGAGUUCGCACAUCAGUUCAGACCUGCUUGGUGGCGUUCAUCUGUUUUAAUGCAAAUGAGACUUCACAUUGAACUUGGGACGGGAGUUAUGAGGACUGAGCUGGGCAGAUGCUGAUGUUUCGGUUUCCAGUGUGCAAAGUCGGUCCUGCAGUUCAGUCUGCACUGGGAUAGGAUCACACCACCCACCCCAGUAGCACAGACUUAGCAGAUGACCCCAAUAGACAGACGGAGGGAGGCUCCUGGGACCAGGGCCCACAGAAUGCUAUGGCUCUAGGUCAGUAUACACUCAGCCCUUCGAACCCCUCCACACUUUCCACCUGCACCCACUUCCCUGGCAUUUAUUUAUCUAGGGCUGUAGCUUUCGGUUGGGUUUAGUUUGAGAGCCUUUUGGAGCUUAAUUUAUAUACUUUGUACCUUUUAUUUCUAAAAUUACCAAAGAUAUUAUGCAAAGGUAAAUUAUUUUCUUUUAUGCUUUAUCUGAUGAAGCCAAAUAUCCUCUUAUUGUUGAUCAAAGGAGGCAGAAGGGUUCAGAGGCAAAUGAUGAGGUCCAGGCUGUUUGCCAACCUAAGGGAGAUAAUCUGCCCCCCCCCCCCAAACAGCAUUCAUUUAGCAGACUAAGUAGGCAAUGGAACCAAAGUUUUUUACUUUUUUUUUUUCCUUUUUUUUUCCUGUACCUGUACAGAGACCAAAACUUAACUCCUAUAAGGAGAAAAUAUGGGGCUACUGCAGAGAAAACAAACAAACAGGAAAACAGUAUUAUAGCUCCUACGGAAAGAAUGGGGUACCAUCUCAAAGAAAAAAAAUGAAUGUAUGAUACCGAAAAUUAGUGUAUAAAUCAAGGAGACACUUAGGAUGAAUUCAGAGAGAACAGAAAAGUGUCUGACUGCACCAGGCCACUUCUAGAAUAAAGAGAUUUUCUAGAACACUCGUAUGCCACUUUUGUUUAAGGGCUGUGCUGUGAUCGCUGCAUUGAUUUUGUUUGAUCUUGGCAUCAUAUAUCCUCUAGUUUCUUCCUGCUUUUUGUUGUUUUUCCUUUUUCAGAUUAUGAUUUGGUCAACAUUUUUCAUUUCCACAGAAAAAAGUAACAUUCUCAUCCACUCAUAAGCUUAGAAAGUCUUUGGCAAUUACUUCUGAAGCUUUACUCUGCUUUCUGUAGAGGGGCGGUCUGUGCUUACUCAUGCCCCCCACCCCCCACUUUUCCAGGCAGCUUCAUGAUGUGCAGGCAGUAGCCAGGCAGGGUCAUGGGAUGGGGGCCUGUGCUUCUAAACUGAGUGGUUGCUGGUUAGAUAUUCAAAAGAGGAUAAAAAUCUGGUAGAUUAGUUCAUUCUCAGCAUGUGUAGCUAGACAUGAGUAAAGAUAACAGCAUGAGAACUGUUAGUACGCAUACCUCAGUUCAAACCUUUAGGGAAUGAUGAAAACAUUUAAAAAUAUACAUUUCACUCAGUUGCACUUAGUUGUAUGUCUUGCAUGCUUAGUCUAAAGACUGUAGCAAAAAAAAUAAAGAAAAAAGAAAAAUUAGAUUUUACAUAUCUUUGCAGGUGUCACAGCCUUGCAGAAGAACCAACUUAAAAAAGAAAAGAAAAGUUCUCAGGCUUUACAGCAAGCCAUCUUCACUCUGAUUUUUACAAUUCUGAUUCUGUCCCUUGGGGGGGAUUCUGGUCGCUUCUUUAGAAUGGGGUUGAUGCGGUUGUACAUAUAUCCCGAUCUGUCUGUGUGAAUCUUUGUCUUUUGUGGGGGAGGGCCGAGGGCAGCUCUUUCUUUCUUUUUUUUUUUUUUAAUUAUUUUAUUUUUUAGGUAUUGUUCCUAAAAAGGAAUAAAUGCAUACACUUGUUUGUCAAAACAUCUUUGCUUUUUGUGCAACUGCAUUUUAUUAAUGAUACUUUUAAAAAAGAAGAAGAAAGCCACAGUGUCUUUGGGGGAAAUAAUCUACUGUAUGUAAUAGAUUUGCAGCCAAUGCUGCACCUGUAUUUUAUUUCAUUACCCUUGAUUUAUGAACAUUGGAUGACAUGUUGACAUGUGGGAGGAAAGAAGAAACUCCAAAACAGUUUUUUUUGGGAUUUUUUGGGGGUUUUUUUGUUGUUGUUUUUUCGUUUUGUUUUGUUUUGUUUUUGCUUUUAAAUUGUAAUUGUAACAUAGUUGACAUGAUUUGUUUCCUAUUCUCAUUAAUUGGAACAUUUUGUACAGGUUCAUGGGGUGGGGUGUGUGUGAGUGUGAGUGUGUGUGUGGUGUGAGUGUGUGUGUAUGAGUGAGUGUGUGUGUGUGUGUGUGAAUCUGUUUUUGAUACAUUCCUGUUCCUUGUGUUUAUCCUACCACUGCCUUCUUGACUAUCUUAAAAGAAGUUCCUAAGUUUGAAAAGAGAAAAAAAAAUGGUUUAAAAAAAAUGUUCUCUCCUGCUGCAGUCAAGAUUUUUGCAUGAUGAAAUUCCAGGGUCACACUUUCAAAGUUUUAUCAGUAAAGUAGUGGUUAAUAAUGGGAAGUGUUGAAAAUAUUGAACUUUUUGUAUAAAAACAAAUUUACAAGGUCCCAAGGUGUAGACAAUUUGUUACUUUUUCUUUCCUUUCUUAGUAAAACUCAAGCAAACAUGAGGGAGGUUGGCCCAUGUGUCAGACUCACAAAGUCAUGAUAAAGACCCGCCCUUGUUCCUAGGGUCUGUCCAGGUGAGAAGGCUUAGGUUGCCAUAUUGGGCCAGCAAAGGGUGAACCAUCAAGACUUACGUACAUGGUGACCUAGCUGCCAGUGCCCUCCCCACAUCAGAAGACAGUUGACUUGACAUUCCCAGCAUCCCUCCCAUCAGCCAUAAUAAAGCAAGCCUUGGUUUAAAAGAUAAACAAAAUAAUAGAACCAAAAUGUAAUGUAAAUCACUAACUCUUAUUUUUUAAUUACCCACAAAAUCGAAUUGAGAAGUCUCCUCCUUUCUACAUUCUAGCUGAGCUCUCAGUCUCCAGGAGCGUAAAGCAGCCUCUGCUUAUGACUCUGAAUCUUUCUGGUACCUUUUGGUCAAUGCCAGCCAGACCCUCCGGACAGUCUGGAAGUGUUGUGCACCUCGGUUUCACUUUGUUAUCCUGCGAAGCAAAUGGACAGUUCUAAGGGCGUCUCGUGGGUCCACUGUAACUCAAUGCAGUCCCUGCCACCCAGGAGCCUGGGUGGAGCUGGUGCGGUCUGGGUUGUGAGCGUGCUGCUCUCUGUAUGUGCUGCCACUAACAAGGACUGUUUUGUUUUGUUUUGUUUUGAUAAGGCAUAAAAGAAUCUCAUUCCUUGACAUCAACUGUAAUUCCAUCAUUCCAUGUCUGUGGAUACAGACAAUAAAAAAAAUGUUGUGUAGUCAGUGAUCAUUUACUGACAUGAGAGCAUUCUCAAAUGCAAUAAAAAUGCUGGUUGUUCACACUGGUAGACAAA